AUUUUUCCAUUGAUCACUGAUUCCACUUUGAAUAUGUCUCAAGCUCUUGGAAAUACCGGAUUAGCUUAUGCGCGAGUUUGGCACUUGGUAGAUGCUCGACAACGUAUAUUAGGUCGUUUGGCG